GGAGGGAAGGGAGGAAAGAGACAGAGGGAGACAGAGAUGUGAGAUGGAGAGAAAGGGAGAGGAGAAGGGAGAAGGCCAGAGACAGAGACCUUGAGGAAUAAAGAGACUGAGAGAAUGAGAGACAAAGAGAGAGGGAGGGAGGAGGACCAGGGAGGAAGAAAGACCUGAGGAAAAGAAAAAGAAUGAGAAAGGAGAGAGAGAGGGAGAGGCCAUCCUCGAGGGAGAGUGCCGGAACCGCGGAGGGGCGAGAAGGACGAGCACGGAGAAUGAGAAACAGGCACAGGAGGUGGCGGCAACCAGGUAAGCCAGGGUCUGACAGGGAGACCAGGCGCUGCAGGAACAGACAGCAGGCGGAGAGGGCCUGAAAGAUGGAGGUGGAGCGUGGUGGGGGGGAGAGCAAGACAGGCAGAAGUGGACAGAGGGACUGACCUGCGACUCGCAGGUGCACACUCUUAGCCCUGGGGUGGCGAGGCUGGGGGCUGGGCCACCGCCUACCAGGCCCAGCUCCUCCCACUUGCCGGUCUGCGGCCCAGCCUCUCCGGAUCUCUAGGAGGCCUUCUCCCCUGCCCAGUGGGGGAGCUGACAGCAUUCUGCUGGGCGUGGGGCAGCCUUAGGGCUCAGGGAUCACAGCUGUCAUCAUUAUAAAUGAUGGGAGGCCAAAAGAAGAAAUGGGGGGGGGGGGGAUAUCUAGAGAGGUUUGAAGGUUUCAUAUCCCUACCUCCGCCCUAGUCCUGGAUUCCAGAAUCUGACAGGUAGAGAGGGAGCUGCUUGCCCAAGGGGCCAAACUCCCAAACAGGUGAGGUUCCCUCUGACUCCACAUCCAGGAAGCCUGGCUAUGCCUUCCCCAGGGAGGCAGGCCUGGCUGGACUCCUGGGUCUGAGGGAAGAGGGGGCUGGGGGCCUGGACUUAGGUGUCUGAGAGAGGAGGGGCCUGCAGGCCUGGACUCCAGGGACCGUUGAGGAGGAAUGGGCCAGGGGCGUGAACUCCUGAGUCCCUGCUGAGGAAGGGGCCAAGGGACUGAUUCCUGCGUUCCUUGGGGAGGAGGGGGCCGGGGGCCCGGAUUCCUGGGUCCUGGCACCCACCCGUAGAACCGACCUUGCGGGGCCUUCGCCGCACACAAGCUCGAGUCUGUGGGUCCGUGUCGGGGGCUCACCAUCGCGGCUGGGGUCCUCCCGGCCCUCCCCACCCUCCCUGACCCCCAUCUGUCCAUUCAUCCGUCUGUCUGUCCACUGGCCGCGCCCCCCGGGCUGAGGUAGGAGGUUGUAUAGUUGAGGAGGACACCCACGGAGAUCACUAUACGGCCUCCUAGCUUUCCCCAGGCUGCGCCCUGCACGGGACGCCCGGCGGGGACCCCAGCCCCUGACCGCUGCCCCAUGCCCGGGGACCCUGGGAGGAGGAGCUGGGCUGUCUCUCCUGUCCUGUCCCUGCAUUCCCUCCUCCCACUUCCCUCAAAGAAUUUCUCUCCCAUGAAGAAACCUCUAUUUUGCUUUCUCUGUCUCUCCAUCUCCGCCAUGUCUCUGGAGCGGGCUGUGUGUCUACCCUGCGGCCUCUCAGACACUCCCUCCCUCUCUUAUUGUGCUUUCCGGUAUCUCUCCAUGUCUCAGUUUCUGUCUCUCGGGCUCUCACGGUAUCUCUGUGCCAUCUCUGUUCUGACCCCCCACCCCCCCACCCCAGGGACUGUCAGGCCAUUACACUCCACACUGCCGGCCUCUGGGUCCCUGAGACCCUUUAACCUGUGAGGACAUCCAGGGUCACAGGUGAGGUUCUUGGGAGCCUGGCGUCCGGCCCAUCCACAAGCUGGGGGAUCGCCCGCCUGACCCCUGACUCCUCACACCCCAUCUCCCUGAAAACCCAGACCUUGACAUUUGACCGGCAGCAGAAAUCCAACCUCUGACCUGUACCCCAUGCCCCUCCCCCACCCCAUGGUGACCUCACAAAGGUCACCAGCUUCUCCCUGGGCCACGACCCUCUGUUAUGGCCCUGCUGGCCCAAGACAGCGCUGUCCCAUCUGCCCUGGUCGCCCUCAUGGUCUUGAGAGCCCCCGCCUGGGCCUGUCUCCUCUGCUUCACGUCCUAUAAGGAGCGCAUGCGCAUCUGCCAGAUCUUUAUUGGUGUACAGAGCCGGGAGCUGCAGAAGUGUGAGGAAGCAUUCGCCGCAGCCUUUGAGGGCCUCCUAGACACUGAAAUCAACUACGAUGAGAGAAGCCAUCUGCAUGAUGCCUUCACCCAGAUGACCCACUCUCUCCAGGAGAUGGCCACUGCCCGGGGGUCCUUUAAGGUGGCUUUUCCUAAUGCUGCGGAGAAAAUGCGGAAGGUCAUUGCGCAGCUUAAAGAAGUUCAGGCCUGCAUUCCUCCCUGCGGACUCCAGGAGGUCGCCCGGCGUUUCCGCUGCCGCGGGUGCUACUCCACAGUCUGCGACCUCCCGCUGGACUGCCCAGUCCAGGACUUGACGGUGACUCGGGGUAAUGAAGCUAAGUUCUCUUGCACUGUGAACUUCGAACUGCCUAAGGAGGAAAUCACCUAUUCCUGGAAGUUCGCAGGAGGAGGUGUCCGGACGCAGGACGUGUCCUAUUUCCAAGACCUCCCGUGGGCCCGGGGAUACCUGGCGCGGAUCCGGCCGGUGCAGCCCGCGCACCGUGGGACAUUCUCUUGCGUGAUCGUGCACGACCAGAUCCCGCUGGCUCGGCUCUACUUCUUUCUUAACGUGACUGGUGCGCCCCCACGUGGGGAGACCGAGCUCCAGGUCUCCUUUCGGGAAGUGUUGCGUUGGGCGCCCCGGGAGGCAGACCUGAUCAAACCUUGGAGGCCAAGCCUGGGAGAGCUGCUGGCCAAGCCCGAGGCUCUGACGCUGAGCAACCAGUGCCUGCUCGCGGCUGUCGUGGCCUUAGCGUCAGCCGGUACGACCCUUAUGGUGUGGAUGUUCUUUCGAUGGUACUUCCAGGGCAGCUAACAAAGGUAUCUUUUUCUUCCUUAUCCUGUUUUCAUUCCUAAAAUAAAGAAUAUAUUUCAGCUCUGUA